UACAGCAGUAGUGGCUAUUGGAGCUGGAGCGGGCCUAGUGACCAGUCCAACCCGUCCACCCCCUCCCCACCGCUCUCCGCAGACAGCUUCAAGCUCUUCCGUAUGCCCAGCAUCAACGGCCCGCCCCCCGACGACACCGUCGACGAACAAGACGGCAGCAGCCUGCUCUUCGACGAACCAAUCCCACGCAAGCGCAAGGUGGGUAGACAGUUCAAUUAAAUCUAGCUAAAAAUACAAUUCCAGCCACUCAAGUGGAUAAACUGGAUAACCCAAAGAAUAACCAAAGAAUAACCAUAGUAUAACCAUAGAAUAGCUAUAGGAUAGCCAUAGGGUAACUGUAGGAUAACCAUAGUAUAACCAUAGAAUAGCUGUAGGAUAACCAUAGGCUAACCAUAAAACAUUUUACAACAUCUUGUUGUGAUUCUUUGAGGACCUCACAGAACAAAACUAUAUCAGAUCAAUGUUGUAAUCAGUUCUGACUGACUGUAAUAAUAUACUGAUUCUAUAGUCCUGUGUCACUGUAUGUACAAGUGGGUAACCUGUACAGGUGUGUGGUGUGAAAUGGAAAUGUGUUUUUUGCACAUCCCACUCCCCCUGAGACACCUUUUAGAAUGUGGUCACAGCCAGGGGAUCAGCCAUUAUUGACGGAGACCCUGGAGCAAUUAGGGUUAAUUGCCUUGCUCAAGGGCAGAACGACAGAUUUCAAUCCAGCAACCUUUCGGUUACUCGCCCAACGCUCCUAACCGCCAGGCUACCUGCUGCCCUGUACACUGACUGAGGUUGUUCAUUUUGAAAUGGUAGUAGGUUGAUUUAAGAAGUAGUUGUACUGCAGUAUCAAUGAUCUUGGCAAGACAAAUAGGAUGUCUCAAAAGAAGGCAGGUCCUGCACUUGUUUUGGACAUGUUGCUAGCUAGCCACUGUAGUACCUUCUCCUUCCUGAACUCAAAGGGACAUUGGGAGGUGACGUGCUGACUGAGGUAGAAUUAGGGACUGAUCCUCACACACGUGGCGAUGCCGUCUCAGAAUUAUUGGAUGGUGAAGCAAGGGCUUGCUCUUGUGUGUUGUGUAGCUGUCAAUUCCAAGCACACACACACACACACACACACACACACACACACACACACACACACACACACACACACACCAGAUGCAGUUCCAGUCAUUUACUCUACAGCCACACAUAAGCAUAAUUAUAAUUAAUUUAAAUUAAUUAUUUUAAUAUCUUCACUGGAAAACAGGAAGAUUGUGCAGCAGGUCUUUUCUCCCAUCAGAUCAAUAGGAUAUCUCUGGGGAUAUCUCUGGGGAUAUCUCUGAAUUGGCUACUGAUUCUAAAGAAUGAGAGGAUGGAGGGAGAGAGAGAAAGGAGGGGGAGGGGGAGGGGGGAUAUACGGAGAGAUGGAGACCGACAGAGGGAGAGGAUGGUAGAGGGGGAGAGAUACUGAGAGAAUGGUAGAGAGAUGAAGUCAGGAGGAGUCUUCAUCAGAGUAUUAGUUGGAUUUGAGGACAGCCAUGCAAUAAACGGUGCAAUAAAAGUCUUCCAGAUUUGGAUAUCUUCUGUCUUAGUCUAUUGAUCUAUUUUUAACUCCAAGACUAAUCUCACUUUGGCUGUGUUUACACAGGCAGUCCAGUUCUGGAUAUUUUACCCAAUCUGAUUGGUCAAAAGAACAUUUAGUGAAAAAAUAUCCGAAUUUUGCUGCCUGUGUAAACGCUGCUAAAAUACUGUUUUUAUAAAAUCUUAAGUUCCACUUUUCAAAUUACCUAGUGUUGGUAAUAAACAACUUCAGUCACCCAACUCCCCAUACUGGCUUCUGAAACAAGUCACCGCAUCUUUUCAUAACACUUCCCCCUUAGCUAAUAAACGGUGCCGAGGUUGCAUGUGAAAUCAUCACCCAGGCCAACCAGAAUCUAGUGCUGCUCUUCUCUUCCUCCUCUGAGCCAAAGACAAUGCUGUUCUUUCCCAACUCUCUCUUUGAAUUAACUGUGUGCUGCUGCCAUUGGGGACUUCACAGGGCUUUGUUACCCAAGGACCAAAAAAACACAUUUUGUUGUCAAUAGGGCGGCAGGUAGCCUAGCGGCUAAGAGCGUUGGGCCAGUAACCUGAAGGUUAAAUAUGCCGACGUGCCCUUGAGCAAGCCGACGUGCCCUUAACCCUAAUUGCUCUUGUAAGUCGCUCUGGAAUGUAACAUUAAAAAAAACUAAUUUUAAAGGAAUGCCCUGAACAAUGGGCAAAUAAACGGCCACAUGACCCCCAUCAUAAAGGACUGACGAGGGGCAACGUGACCCCCAUCAUAAAGGACUGACGAGGGGCAACGUGACCCCCAUCAUAAAGGACUGACGAGGGGCAACGUGACCCCCAUCAUAAAGGUUUUCUUGUGUGUUUUUGUUCUACUACACUUUUUAAAAGUACUACUGAUAUUAAUAACUGCAUUGUUGGGAAAACGCUUUCAAGAAAGACAAAACUUGAAACUGAACGAACUCUGACGAGGGAUCAGAGCAUUAAGACACUUCUAUCCUCAGAAGGCCCUGACGGCUUUGAACUGGACAGACACACACACACACACACACACAUACACACACACACCCUCCCCUAUCUGGUCAUGUGGUCCUUAGUAGCUCAGUUGAUAGAGCAUGGCGUUUGGAACGUCAGGGUAGUGGGUUCAAUUCCCGGGACCACCCAUGCGUAAAAUGUAUGCAAGCAUGACUGACUGCAAGUGGAUUUGGAUAAAAGCUAAAUGGUAUUUAUUAUUAUAAUCUGAAAGCUGCUGCUCGGAAUCAAUCGUCCUAUGGGGUCCAUGUUGUAAUUACAGAGGACAGGUUGUGCGAGAAAUGGUACAGAGCAGAGUAGUGUGUGUGAGUUCAUGCACGUAUUGUGUGUGAGAAAAGGGUGAAGUGGCUGGUGUUCAACGUUGCUCUCUCUCUCCCUCUCCCUCUCUCUCUCUCUCUUUCUCUCCCCCUCUCUCUCUCACCCCCCCUGUGUGUAAUGUCCAGAACUCCAUGAAGGUGAUGUUCAAGUGUCUGUGGAAGAACUGUGGGAAGGUUCUGAGCUCGGCUGCUGGGAUACAGAGACACGUCAGGACCGUUCACCUGGGGUAACACACACACACACACAUGGUUAUACACAGAGGCACGCUCACUCAGUCUCUCUCUCUUUCUCACACUCUUUUUGUCUCGUGCUCUCUCUUUUAUCCCCUCUCUCUCUCUCUCACACACACAUGCACGCAAACACACACACACACACAUCAAACUUUUGACCCCCUCCAGUGAGAGAUAAGAGAGGCCUCUCCUCUCGAUGGCCUUUGUCAAAGCACAACAGCAGAUUCAAUCCGGUGGGAUUAUCACCACGGUAACAUUUCCUCAUUUUGGCUCAGUGUGACAGGCCAGGGAGAAAUGAGGAUGGAACAGAACAAUGUUAUCACACAGAUCAGCAAUCUGGUCCAAUCCUAAUUUCUCUGUAAUGACAAGGCCUAAUUUUAACCCAUCGCUCUCUCCCAGGCGUAACUGUGACUCUGACUGCAGUGACGGAGAGGAGGAUUUCUACUACUCAGAGAUUAAACUCAACACAGACUCAGUGGCUGACGGUCUGAGCAGCCUGUCCCCCGUCUCCCCCUCCGUGCUGUCCCCCGUCCCUCCUCCCCAUGACCGCCACAGACGACCCCCUGCAGAGGGCAGCAAGGGGUCCAGUGGGAACAAGGAGAACCACAGCCACGCCCACUCCAACACCACACCCCUCAGUCGCUCCGCCCCCAGCGCCCUCUACCUCAUCCACACCGACCAUGCCUACCAAGUGAGAGACACGCCCACACUGGCCACGCCUACUGAUAUCUUUAAGUAGCAGUAUUACAGUAUUUACUAAAGACACUGUACAGAUACAUUUUCGUUGAUUAAGUGCUUGAGUGGUUGGUUGAUUGAUUGAUUUGUUGGUUAAUUCAUUGAUUGAAUGAUUGACUGACAUAUUGGUUGAUUGGUUAAUUUAUUUAUUUAUUUAUUUAUUUAUUUAUUUAUUAAUUGACUCACUGUGUGGUGUGGUGUUUGUGUGCUAUACACUGUUCUUUAAAGGUGUGACUGCCUCGUGACUUGUUGCUGUCCCUCCCCUCCCCUUUCCAGGCCACAUCUCCAGUCACCAUCCCCUCCACUGGGUCAGGCUCUGACUCUGGCCCAGACUCUGCUGCCUCCAACUCCUUCACCCUCAGCAGUAGCGCCAACUUCAGCAUCUCCUGGCAGUCACCUCCUGUCACCUUCACUGGCACCGCUGUGAGUAUAUCGCCCCAACAGCUCCACAGUUGACUCAAUCUCUAUUGCACUCCACACUGCCCUUUCCCGCCUGGACUAAAGGAACACCUACGUGAGAAUGCUGUUCAUUGACCACAGCUCAGCGUUCAACACCAUAGUGCCCUCAAAGCUCAUCUUUAAGCUAAGGACCCUGGGACUAAACACCUCCCUCUACAACUGGAUCCUGGACUUCCUGACGGGCCGACCCCCAGGGGGUGAGGGUAGGCAACAACACAUCUGCCACGCUGAUCCUCAACACGGGGGCCCCUCAGGGGAGCAUGCUUAGUCCCCUCCUGUACCCACGAAUGCAUGGCCAGGCAUGACUCCAACACCAUUAUUAAGUUUGCAGACGACACGACAGUGGUAGGCCUGAUCACCGACGACGAUGAGACAGCCUAUAGGGAGGAGGUCAGAGACCUGGCAGUGUGGACAACAACCUCUCCUUCAACGUCAGCAAGACAAAGAAGCUGAUCGCGGACUACAGGAAAUGGAGGGCCGAGCACGCCCCCAUUCACAUCGACAGGGCUGUAGUGGAGCGGGUUGAGAGCUUCAAGUUCCUCGGUGCCCACAUCACUAAGGAUCUAUCAUGGUCCAAACACACCAGCACAGUCGUGAAGAGGGCACAACAACGCCCUUUUCCCCUCAGGAGGCUGAAAAGAUUUGGCAUGGACCCUCAGAUCCUUAAUAAGUUAAACAGCUGCACCAUUGAGAGCAUCUUGACUGGCUGCAUCAGCACUUGGUAUGGCAACUGCUUGGUAUCCGACCGUAAGGUAUGCGGACAGCCCAGUACAUCACUGGGGCCAAGCUCCCUGCUAUCCAGGACCUCUAUACCAGGCGGUGUCAGAGGAAGGCCCUAAAAAAAGACUCUUGCCACCCAAGUCAUAGACUGUUCUCUCUGCUACUGCACGGCAAGCGUUACCGGAGCGCCAAGUCUGGGACCAAAAUGCUCCUGAACAGCUUCUACCCCCAAGCCAUAAGACUGCUAAAUAGUUAGUUAAAUACUGUAGGUAACCAAAUAGCUACCUGGACUAUCUGCAUUGACCCUUUUUGCACUAAGUUUUGUCUCAUCACAUACACUGCUGAACAGUUAAUCAAAUGGCUACCCCCUCACACAUACUACACUGACACUCCAACACAGACACACUCACACUCACACUUUCACACUCAUCACAUACGCUGCUGCUACUCUGUUUAUUGUCUAUCCUGAUUGCCUAGUCACUUUACCCCUACCUACAUGUACAUACAGUUGAAGUCGGAAGUUUACAUUCACUUAGGUUGGAGUCAUUAAAACUUGUUUUUCAACCACUCCACACAUUUCUUGUUAACAAACUAUAGUUUUGGCAAGUCGGUUAGGACAUCUACUUUGUGCAUGACACAAGUAAUUUUUCCAACAAUUGUUUACAGACAGAUUAUUUCACUUAUAAUUCACUGUAUCACAAUUCCAGUGGGUCAGAAGUUUACAUACACUAAGUUGACUGUGCCUUUAAACAGCUUGGAAAAUUCCAGAAAAUGAUGUCAUGGCUUUAGAAGCUUCUGAUAGGCUAAUUGACAUCAUUUGAGUCAAUUUGAGGUGUACCUGUGGAUGUAUUUCAAGGCCUACCUUCAAACUCAGUGCCUCUUUGCUUGACAUCAUGGGAAAAUCAAAAGAAAUCAGCCAAGACCUCAGAAAGAAAUUUGUAGACCUCCACAAGUCUGGUUCAUCCUUAGGAGCAAUUUCCAAAUGCCUGAAGGUACCAAGUUCAUCUGUACAAACAAUAGUACGCAAGUAUAAACACCAUGGGACCAUGAAGCCGUCAUACCGCUCAGGAAGGAGACGCGUUCUGUCUCCUAGAGAUGAACGUGCUUUGGUGCGAAAAGUGCAACUCAAUCCCAGAACAACAGCAAAGGACCUUGUGAAGAUGCUGGAGGAAACAGGUACAAAAGUUUCUAUAUCCACAGUAAAACGAGUCCUGUAUCGACAUAACUUAAAAGGCCGCUCAGAAAGGAAGAAGCCACUGCUCCAAAACCGCCAUAAAAAAAGCCAGACUACGGUUUGCAACUGCACAUGGGGACAAAGAUCGUACUUUUUGGAGAAAUGUCCUCUGGUCUGAUGAAACAAAAAUAGAACUGUUUGGCCAUAAUGACCAUCGUUAUGUUUGGAGGAAAAAGGGGGAUGCUUGCAAGCAUAAGAACACCAUCCCAAUCGUGAAGCAUCGUGGCAGCAUCAUGCUGUGGGGGUGCUUUGCUGCAGGAGGGACUGAUGCACUUCACAAAAUAGAUGGCAUCAUGAGGAAGGAAAAUUAUGUGGAAAUAUUGAAGCAACAUCUCAAGACAUCAGUCAGGAAGUUAAAGCUUGGUCGCAAAUGGGUCUUCCAAAUGGACAAUGACCCCAAGCAUACUUCCAAAGUUGUGGCAACAUGGCUUAAGGACAAUAAAGUCAAGGUAUUUGAGUGGCCAUCACAAAGCCCUGACAUCAAUCCUAUAGAACAUUUGUGGGCAGAACUGAAAACACAACACGCACAACAAUACAACCUCACAUGCAUGUGUCUGCCUCUCAAGCAUACCAGUUGUUGUCUGUUGUUUUGUGUCUGUAUCUAAAUUAAAGUUGUCUGUCGAUCUCUGUGUUCUGAUAGCUCUUGUUGUGUUUCUCUCCAGGCCUCUCCCACUCACGGUCGGACCCAGAGCUUUGGGGAGCAGCGGCCCCAGACCAUAGCAGUCCUCUCCUCCCCUCCCAGAGCCACUGGCUCACUCAGGUACUGAUGAACUCUACUAGCUGACCUUUCACUGAUGACCUCUGAAACUUUGGGCAUCCUGAAGUCACAGGAAAAACCAUAUUGUAUCCAAAUUUAGAGAGAGCAACCAUGUCUUGUUUAGGAAUUAAGCAAAUUACUAGAUUACCAUUGUUUAUGUUUUCUUCACUUGCAUAAACUAAAUCAACCAUUUUAGAUGUUGUUUUGUCUAUCAUUAUAAACCAAGUCAAUGAUAACAACCAUAUUUCACCAUAUCCUCAUCUCUCCCCUCUCCAGUCGUAAGUCCCGUGGCGAGGGUAAGAAGUGUCGUAAAGUGUAUGGGAUGGAGAACAGGGACAUGUGGUGCACCGCCUGCCGAUGGAAGAAAGCCUGCCAGAGAUUUACCGAC